AUGGCGCUCACCGCCGCUCGUUUCUCGCUCCGAGCGCGAGCCGGUCUUGCGCAGGGCAAUCGCGGAGCGAGAGUGGCACUGCCACUCCGGGCCUUCUCGGGAGGGCAGGGGAGCCCCUGGUCCUCCCUGGAGCAGUUUGGGCGCGAGACCAUGGGCAAGGCCUCGGAGGCAGCGAGCAAGCUGGGUGAGUCCAUCCCUACGCAGGGAAACCCGGUCGAAGGGCUUCACAACCUCGCAAAGGCUAGCGUCCACGAGCUGUUGAGAGCUGGUAUUCCUCUUGCCGCAGCGCUUCUGACGAUCACCCGGUCGCCCGGCAGCAAGCUGUCGGCGGCGCAAGAGGAAAAGCUUGCGGAGCUGCUCCCGCCGCCAGCCAUCGAUGCCAUCAAGUCCUUCGGCGAUCACAUUCCGGAAGAUCCGACGGUCGUCGAGCUGCGACGCAUCGCGGACUGCUUGGAGAAGCACCAGGUUCCCCGUGCGGCGUCGACCCGUCUGAUCCAGGGCAUACUCUGGGUACGCUGA